GUCAUAUCUAUGCACAUGCUCGUUUGUGCUAAAAAAGAAGGUGUUUUCUAUUGCGUUGUCCGUGACCUGUUUAUCUUUUUUCUUUACCGCCUUUCAGCAUGUGGGCUACUUUAUGGUGCUGUGAUUGGUGAGCCAAUCGGGCAGUUUCAUAAAGUUUCCCAGCUGCAGCCUGGUGUGCAUGAGCGUUAGAAUAUAAAAUGAAGAACACAUGAUUGCUGAUAUUUAAAUCACGAUACUAUGUGUCAUCUUAUAGGCCGCUCGUCAAACAUGCUUACCAUUUCCAUGGACGUUAUGUUCGGCGCCACGUUGUCGCCGCCCGGAAAGUUCAAGUUCAAGUCGUUUGAGGCUGCGUCAGCCACCAAUCUGGGCAUCGAGUCAUCGACGCACUUUACCGUAUACACAAUUAUGGCCCAUGAGGGCGGCAAGCGCCCGUUGUGCGACACAUGGUCGUUCAAGGUGGAAAGUGAAGAAGAGAGUGCCAUGUGGGUUGAGUUACUGCACUGCGCAAUUCGCCCCAAACUUGCCGAAGAGGACGUCAACGUCUUGGUGUUUUUGAACCCUGUCUCGGGCAAGCGAAAGGCCACCAAGGUCUUUGAGACCAUUGUGAAACCGAUAUUCGAUAUUGGAUGCACUCCCUACACGUUAAAGAUCACCGAAUCCUCAGGAUUUGCGACAGAGUUUGCUGAGAAGGAGGAUCUGUCGUCGUUUUCGUCUGUGGUCGUUGUUAGCGGCGACGGUCUCCUGCAUGAGGUUUUAAACGGCUUGCUGCGGCGCACGGACUGGCCCAAGUACAAAUCACUGCCCCUGGGCGUCAUCCCAGCGGGAACUGGAAACGGGCUGGCAAAGUCGCUGGACGUCAUCUGGCCCGAACAGGCGGCAGUGGCAGUGGUCAAAGCCGACGUCCGGGCAUUGGACAUUAUGAGCGCAACGUUGGCAUCGGGUCUCACCAAGUAUUGUUUCUUGUCGAUGACGUGGGGUUUGCUUGCCGACAUAGAUAUCGAGUCUGAGACUAUGCGCUGGGCCGGAUCUGCGCGCCUUGACCUCUACGGCACCGUUCGCCUGAUGAACCUGCGGUACUAUGGUGGUCGCCUCCACUACCUUCCAGCAGUCGACAGUGAGGGUAGCGAGGACAACGAGUUUGGCGCCGCUCAGAGACAAGAUGCAGGAGGAUUCGUUCAACCAAGCAGCAACAACUCUUCGAUUUUAAAUAUGCUCGAUCGCACAAACCAGGGCCUAGACGAUGCCUGGGGACUGCCGCCGCCGAGCUUCUCCUCGCCUCUAGUGCGCCAUUCGCCAAAGCUCAUGCAAAAUAAUCUGACGCCAAACAUCCAGCCGGCCGUAACACUGCAUCCAACACUGACCGCCGGCAUCCAGCUUCCGAUCACAGAGGGAUCGCUGCCGCCGCGCUGGAAGACCAUUGAGGGCCCAUUUGUACAGGUCAUUGCGACCAACGUUCCUUGGCUGUCGACAGACUUUUUGGCAUGCCAGAAUGCGCGCAUUUCGGAUAGUACGAUUGAUCUAGUAUAUUCGCGCAACGUGUCAAAGUGGCAGAUCAUGCCUUACAUGGCCAGCUCAACCAAGGACAAUUACAUGAACAAGGACGGCGUUGAGAACAUAAAGGCGCGUGCAUUUAUCCUCGAGCCCACCGGCCUGCGCACAACCAGCCGAAGCGAAAGUAGCCACCGCGAAAUCCAGAAUCUCGACCAGCCGGCAGCCAAAGACACCAACUCAUUCAAUACCAGCAAUGAUAAGGGUACCAGCACUACGCGCCCGCUUUCAGUUCCUGGGUUUAAUUCCCUGCGCAUUAAAACAAUUGGUAAGGUGAUCGGGCGGAGCACCAGAAGCAGCUCUUUGCAGGCACCAGUACCAGCACGGGUUCGCAGUGAGGUAUAUUCUUCGUACCAUCAGCAGACAGCCGGACACACGGGCGGCUUACUUGCCCAAGGUCUGACGCCGCCGCCAAUGGCGCCCGACAGUUUGUCCGAUACUCAGUUCAGACGCGACACUCAGUUCAGACGCGAUACGGAGUCACCAGUGGAGACCUCUGUCUCUCCAAAAAUGGUUGGUGACAACAAAGCCGUGCCGCGGCCACCCGCUCAGGCAGCAUUUUCGCUUCGCUCUGAGACUGAGCUUGCGUCAAUGGCUAUAAUGGAUGUCGCCACACCUUCCGCAACAGCCGGUGGAAACAAGCUAAAUGUAACGCAUUCGACAGUGCCAGGGACCUCCCAGGUAACAAACGCUAACGGUGGAGCUGCCGAGGCCCCUGCAGAGUAUCCUGCUGGUGGUUGCAAGUUGGUCGGAAACCAUGGGAUUGUUGACUUGGAUGGCGAGGCAGUUGAGCUUGGGCCCAUCAAGAUUGAGUGUCUGGCCAACCUGGUCAGCAUCAUCUCCCCGCCCUGGCUUGACGAGAGCCAGGCUGCCAAAGUCGGCACCUUACCAAAAACCAAAGUGUUUGAGCCAAUCAAGGGCUCAUUGUCCCGUGAGGGAUCUGUUCUCAGUUUCACUAACAUCUAAUAUGCGACAACUCUACAUUUUCUAUUUAUUAUAUAUUAUCUAGUGAACAUAAUAACAAUUCAUUCAUUUUUAAUUUUUUC